GAAAGAAACUUACUUCCGUUCUAAUGUGAGUGCCAUGCGUAUAUGGUGUAUAUUUGGCGGGAACAGAGCAGAAGCUGAACGCAAACUGUAUAACGCUACUCCAAUUUUCAUAUUGUUAAAUUAUUUAAUACGCCAGAUUAAUCGUUAGAUUCACAGGAAUACAUAGAAAGCCAUGGAUGAUUCAGGUAGCUCGGAUUUCUCGAUACACAAUGCAAACCCCCAGGAUUUUACUUUGGAAGAUACGUUGGGAGUAUUGACGGAUUUGAAAUCGGAACGAGAUCAAGAACUAGAACAAUUGUACGAUGUACAAAUAAAUAACAAGUUUUUCUGUUCGAUCGAUGCAUCGAGAAUCUCAGAAAGACACCAUCAAUACGUAUCGAGUUUCUUAAAACAGAUAUCCAAUGAUAAACCUGACGAUUAUCCCAUACCACGUACUCUGGAUAUGUUUUCAACCACUGUUGCAGUGUUGACUGAAGAAGUUCAAAAUGCGCAAGAGCAAGUUGAAAUUCUCACUGAGGACCUUGAACGUACAGAGAAAGAAAUCAGCCGAUUGAAGGAAAAGAAGCAGGGUAUUGAAAAAAUGAAAGAAUCCUGUUUAGCAGCCAAUAACAUCAUAGCCAGUAAAACUUGGGCAGAAGAACUUCGUAUAACACAUGAGAUAUUUAAGGAAGUUAAACAAGAAACGCAAAGAGUCGUAUCAGAGAUCUUUCCAGAUAACGACCAUGUGAAGAAUUUUUUAGCAGAAUUGUGUUCCGCGUAUUUCUCCAGCGGUGACGACAUAUAUGUAGAUUUAUUACCCGAAGUUACAGAUGCUGCCAAUUUUCUACUUGAAGCAGAUUUAAUUGUACGUCAUCGAUAUGAUGAAAAUAAAGUUAGACUUGUUGAUCUGUAUGUGAUCUCAAAUUAUUUUCACCUUCCUUUAACCCCCUAAUACAUAUAAAGCAACGACAAC